AUGGUACAGCCGAGUUUUGCUACCUGUACGGAGGUUGGGCCAGCGUGCCCUGUUGUGGCCACCACCUACGGCUACUAUCCCCAGCUCGGGUCAAAUGCCUUCUUGACCGCAUUCUUCGCCUUUCUUGCUCUCGUCCAGCUAGGCCUUGGAGUUUUCACUCGCACAUGGUCUUUUUUGAUUGCGUUGUUCAUGGCCUGCGCCCUAGAAGCGAUCGGUUACGGAGGGCGUCUGCUCAUGAACAAGAAUCCCUGGUCGAAAGACGCAUUUCAAAUCCAAAUUGUCUGCCUCAUCCUGGCUCCUACCUUCUUGGCUGCUGGCGUCUACCUGACAAUCAAGCAUAUCGUCAUCUUCGUUGGCCCGGAGCACUCCCGUAUCAAGCCAAAGCUGUACACAUGGGUGUUCAUUCUGUGCGAUAUCGGUUCUCUCAUACUGCAGUCAGUUGGUGGUGGUGUUGCUGCCGCAGCAACGAAGAGUAACUAUAAGCUGCUGAACGUCGGCAAUGGUAUCAUCAUUGCCGGUAUUGCUUUCCAGGUAGCUACCAUGUCGGUUUGCGGACUUCUUGCCCUUGAGUUCUUCAUCCGAGCAUACCGAAGUGGAAAGGGGUUUUCUUCCAGCGGCUUGCCAUAUGGAGCUGCAGCACGUAAAUCGUUCUGGAUCUUCUGUGCGGCAGAUGUCUUUGCCUAUAUGGUCAUCCUGAUCCGAUGCAUAUACCGUCUACCUGAGAUGGCCGGCGGCUGGGGCAACCCGCUCAUGCGAAAUGAGAAGGACUUUCUCCUCCUCGACGGAAUGAUGAUUGCUUUGGGUGCUGCCACAUUCACCAUCUUCCAUCCCGGAUUCUGGUUCCCACCCAUGAGAAAGGGCGGUGCAGGGUCGAAAGACCUUCAGGGUAUCCCUCCAAGCGAAGGAACCAGUGUAAACGAUGCCGCAGAGAAGUAA